GGGCCUGGCACCUCAGAACAAACCAGAGCUGCAGAAGGUGAUGGAGAAAAGGAAACGAGAUCAAGUUAUUAAACAACAAAAAGAAGAGGAAGCACAGAAGAAGAAAUCAGACCUGGAAAUAGAGCUACUGAAACGGCAGCAGAAACUGGAGCAGCUGGAACUGGAGAAACAGAAAAUCCAGGAGGAGCAGGAGAAUGCACCUGAAUUUGUGAAGGUCAAGGGCAACUUGAGGAGGACAGGCCAGGAAGCCACAGAAGCACCAGACUCCUAG